AUGUCAUCCAAAGAAUUACGUCAACGACAAAUUAUGGAAAAUAAUUAUCGGGAAAUUCAGGAGAUUGAGAAAAUAGAAGAAAAAGAUCAAAAAACGUCAAACAUUUUCAGAAGAGUAGCUCUAGUGUUUGCGUUGAUAUUGUUUAUACUUAAAUUUAUCAUUUCCUUAAGAACCUUGUUUGUUAAUGGAUUUGGUGGAGAAGAGUUUUGUUCAAAUGAUAUACAUUACGUUUUAUCUUCUAUUAAAAAUGGAUAUAUUGUAUUUCUUUUAGAGUUUAUUUCAUCAUUAUUAUUCUUAUGGUGCAUUUGUAUAUUUCCUAAAUUUUAUUUCAUUUUGGAAUAUAUUUCAUAUAAAUCAAUGUUAUGGAUUUGUGCUGGAUUGACUGUAUCAUUGAUGUUAUUUACUACAGUGUUAGCUGGGCUAUGGUUAUUUGGACUAAAUACAAUUGUUGUUGGGAUUUAUUUUUAUGCAGAUUAUCUCAUUCGUUCAGUAACAGGAGAUGUUCAAAACUUCUUGAAUGAACAUAAAUACCAAGCAUAA